GCUCAAUAAAUAAUAUAAUGGCUAUUAAUAUGCGUCACAACUUUAUUUCUUCUGAACCAAUAGUUCUUAUACCACAUAUUACUUUACAACAAGGUUUUAAGUGUGAAAUUUGUGAAAUGAUUUAUAAAACAAAAAGAGGUCUUACGUAUCACCAAAGAAUUGUUCAAAAGUAUAAUAUUUACCGUAAGAGGUUAUAUACAUUACCUUUGCAAGCAGGCAAGCAAUUUAAAGCAGAUCUCGUUCAUAUUAUAGGAAGCAAACUUAAAGAGCAUUAUA